AUGGCGGCACAAGGCAGCUGGGCGCAAGUGAGACAGCAAGUCAGGGUGCAAGAGACACAGACAGAAACCCUCUUCCACAGUUACGCCCAAUACGCCUCCAAAACCGACCUGGAACCCAAACCCAGCGAAGACGAGGUCCGAACUGAAGAACAACUGAACGAAGUACUAGAAAAGCGCUCAGCCCUCCUCCAACAACUCUCCCGCCUGCUGGACUCCGAACCCACCCCACCCUCGGCCCUAAAAUCCACCAACCUAGCCCGCCACCGCGAAAUCCUCCAACAACACCGCACCGAGCUCUCGCGCCUCAAAACCACCAUCUCCACCACCCGCGAUCGCGCUCAACUCCUCUCAAACAUCUCCUCCAACGCCUCCGCCUACCGCGCCCGCGACAACCCCGAAGCGGCAGAGAGCGAGUACAUGCUUGAUGAGCGGCGACGGCUAGAUAAUAGUCAUAAUGUGGUGGACAGCGUGUUGAGUCAGGCGUAUGCGACACAAGAGAGUUUUGGUCUGCAGAGGGAGGGAUUAUUAUCGAUUCAGAGGAGGAUUACCGGGGCUGCGGCACAGGUUCCUGGGAUCAACGGGUUGAUGCAGAGGAUUGGGAGUAAGAAGAGGAGGGAUGGAAUUAUACUUGGGAGUUUCAUUGCGGUGUGUUUCUUGGUUCUGCUGUGGUUCUGGUGA